CAGGAUUUCGAAUGUGGCGGCGGUAGUUCUGGCCUGGGCGGCGGAGCGGGAGGCCGGACAAGCUGCCUGCAAACGAGCGGCCGAGAUGAGUUUUGCUAUGUAGCCCAAACUCAAAUUUAUGAUCUAUCUGACUUAGCCUUCUUAGUAGCUUCGAUUAUUCCACAACACCUGACAGUAAUAUUUUAAAGCUGAGAAAAAUCAAAAUUUUUGCCUUUUUGGAGACAAAGAUGGUUAAGGAAAGGUGUCAGAAAAAGUCCUUUCAAGAUAGUCUUGAAGACAUUAAGCAGCAGAUAAAAGAAAAAAGGAAUAAAACUUUGACAGAGGUUGGCAAACGGAAGUCCUUUAUUGUUGCACCAUGCCAAGUACCCACUAACACUUCUACACUACUGAAAAGUUACCAAGAUAACAACAGGUUGCUAGUUUUGGCUUUGGAAAAUGAAAAAUCCAAAGUGAGAGAAGCCCAGGAUAUCAUCCUAGCACUGAGAAGAGAAUGUUGCUAUCUUACAUGUCAGCUGUAUACAUUGAAAGAGAGGUUAACUUCCCAACAGAGUGAAGAAACUGCUCAGAACUGCAAAGGAUGUCCCUCAGAAGUGGUCUCCAGUAGUGACAGCACGACCAGUGAUUUGUCUGUGAAGACCUUACAGCAAAUUGCUCUUCAAGAAACUGACUGGCCAUUCCAAACUGAAGAUACAUCAGAGCCAAAUCCUACUGUUCGUCUAGACACACUGGGGAGAAAUUUUGAUUCAGGUAAAGCCGAGUCUACUGAUAGUGUCUCCUUACCUAGCACUGUGUCUUCCCGUUGCCACUUAAGGAAAGAUUUUAGUAAUAUAAGUCAUUCCAGUGCUUUGGAGUGUGAAGCUAGUCAGUGGCUAGGACAGUCUUCAGAAGAUAGAAGAAGCAGAUGUGGAGACCCAACCAUAAUCCUGCAUGAACUUGAAAAUGUGGAACAAAAUUUCUGUCUGUGGAACAAAGACCAGAUUAACUUACCGCCUAGACUGACUUGCCCGGGAAAGACUGCUGAAACAAAAGAAGUCAUUUUACCAUCUAAACCUGAGCAAAUGAAAAGCAAACAUAAACAUGCACGAAGAAGAAGAGCAAAGCAAAGAAGAGCCAGCCAGAGAUGGAAAUCAAAAUUCUUAUUGAGGUGUAAAGGCAAAAAAAGCAAAGAUAAGCAGGCCUUUUGCCCUACAACAAUGGAUGGGUCUAUUGGUUCCAGCGACACUUACGAUUUUAAUGUGGAAGAGUGUGUUCACCUCACCCCUUUCCGGCAAAAAAUGAGCAAUGACUCCAGUGGAGAAACUAACAGCAGCAACAGGGAAGUCAGUGACUCUGAACUUAGUCACUCUGGGGCUGAGUCUGAUGACCUUUACCUGCCUCCUUGCAAGCACGUGCAAGAAGACCACACCAGAGAGUCAGACAAACACAUUACCAGGUCUAAAAGAGGACUUAAGCACACGGAAGAAAAAGAGAUGGAGGAGGUGCUGCCAACCAGAACUAUUGGUACGCCACCUGAGACUCAGGAGUCACCUCAUUGUAGACUAAGGGAUGUCACCAAUGUCCUGCUGCAUCCUGUAGUGAAAAUCAGGAAACUUUCCUUGUCUCCGAAAAAGAAUGAAAAUAGCCCAGCAGUACCUCUGCCUAAACGAAGGUGUGCCACCGUCACGAGCUAUAAAGAGCCAACGCUGACUUCGAAGCUAAGAAGAGGGGACCCUUUCACAGACUUGUGUUUCUUGAAUUCUCCUAUUUUCAAGCAGAAGAAGAAUAUGAGACGCCCUAAAAGAAGUAUGAAGUAAACACAGGAACUCCUUUGGUUAGAUGCUGAGGAAGGUGGUCCCGCUUUUUUGCAGAGGCUAUGAGACGGCAUAAUUUAUCAAGAUCAGAGUCAGGAAUGUCCCUUGGACCUAUACUUUGUAUUUGUGUGGAUUGCUACCAAAUAUCUAAAACUUCUCUGGCAUCUUUUUUCCUUAAGUAGAAUUACAGAGUGGAAAACUUAUAAAGAUAGAUGUAGAUCUUUCAUAAAUUCUUAAUAUCACAGUAAGACAUGCCAUAAGUAGGUGAGGAUUCUUCUGCUAUCAUUGAUUCUUCAUGUCAUGUAAAUACAUAUGCUAUCAUGAUUAAGAGAAUUGAUGGUUUGUGUUCUGGGACAAAGUAACUGCUGUGAACUGUGAGUACACAGCCAUUCCUCGGCAGAAUCAUAGCAUGUCAAGGCCAGCCCUUCAUACUGUCAGUCUCUUUCUGGUUUUGAUCAGAAAACUCAACCUUCAUCUCUGUGUAUUUCUUUAAAAUUAAAUCACUGUAGUGGUCCCUUUUUAAAGGAAAAUGAAGUCUAAUGGCAACCAUUGUGUUUUUCUUCUGCUCUUAACUGACAGGUAAUAUUGAUUAUCUUCCUUUCUGGCCUUUACCACUCCUGUCUUGGCUAUUUCCUCUUCUGUCAUCCCUGUCAACUUUCCCUUUUAAUUCACAUUACAUUUGUCCUGUCAGUUUUCCCAGCUGCACCCUCCAGGCCCAAGAUCAACACAUUUCAAUUUGAGGCUCAGUAACAGAACAUAUAAGCAAGGCCCAGGCAUAAAUCCCACUGUAAACAGGAGAUUUCCAAAUUAAUCACAAAGGCCUUCUAGUAUCUCCACGACUUCCUACAUUUACCGUCAGUCAAACUGAGUGUGCUUCUCUGUCACUCAUGUGCAUCCUACUCUCCCACCAGUCGUUUGUCCAGCCACCCUUUUAUAGGGCUGAGGGCAGAACCCAGGCCCCUGUGUGUAGUAGGAGCACAGCCACAGCAGUCCUUAGCCACCAUCUUCAUCUUUUUCUGUCAUGGUACCUUGAGAGUGACCAUUUUUGCUAAUAAUAAAUACAAUUAAGUCUAAUUUCAGUCUCAACAGGCCCCUGUGGCUAUGAUUACCAUAGCACAGCCUUUUACUUGGUCUAUAAAACACCAGAUAUUUUCUGGCCCUUUGUCAAUCAAUCAAUCAAUCAAUCAAUAGAUUCCAUAGCCUGGUGUGGUGGUGCAUACCUAUAAUCUCAGAACUGUCCAGCCUGAGGCAGGAGGAUCUUGUUUAGACUAGCUGUGCUACAUGAUAUCAGAAAGCCAAAAAAUAUUUUUCUGCUUCCUGCUAUAGACAUUUCAUUGUGUCUAGUGUGACUUUGAUCCUCAUUCACUCCAUGCCAGUCACUGUUAUCCUGAAACUGGUGUUAAACCUGUACUCUUUUUCAUGUUUCUGUGUUUUUGCUAUAGUGUUUAUUCAUGGGCUAUGAAGGGUUUUGUGUCAACAUUAUUAUAAAAUAUGAACUAUAUUAUACAUGUUGUAUAUACCAUUUAUAAUUGAAUUAAGAGUUUGAGACUUCCCAUGUUGGUAGAUAGGUUAUUUUUGUUGUUGUAUAAUAUAUAAAUAAACAAGACUUACUCUCUUUUGAGAAAA